AUUAUUAAUCAAGAUAAAGAAAAAGGAAAGAAGGAGGUCGGUUCCUUGCACCCAACGUAUCUCGAGGGGCAGCCUCGGAGCUAGGUUCGGACUUUGUGUAUGUAAGACUUUUCUCAGAAGAUAAGAACGACCCUCCCUCUCUCACCGCCUCCACUUGCAUAAAACUUUCCACAGCCACCUUUCUUUUCCCUCCCCUUGUGGCCAUACUUCUUUUCAGCAAUACGCACAAACACAAGCAUUACACUCUACACACACACACUCUCUCUCUCUCUCUAGUUCAUUAAAGCUGGCGAUCGAUAACCAGGAACCCGCUGUCCGCGAAAUCAAGCCCAAAAACAGGAGAAUCAUGGGACCAAAUGAGGACAACAAUAUAUGGCCGCCAUGGCUGAAAUCGCUGCUCAAAGAGCAAUUCUUCGUUCAAUGCAAAUUCCACGCUGAUUCGCACAAGAGCGAAUGUAAUAUGUAUUGUUUGGAUUGUAUGAAUGGCCCUCUCUGCUCACUCUGUUUGGCCUUCCAUAAAGACCACCGCGCUAUCCAGAUAAGGAGGUCAUCGUACCAUGAUGUUAUCAGAGUAUCGGAAAUACAGAAGUAUCUGGACAUCAGCUCGGUGCAGACAUACAUAAUCAACAGCGCCAAGGUGGUUUUCUUGAACGAGCGGCCGCAGCCGCGGCCGGGAAAAGGCGUCACCAACACCUGCCACGUCUGCGACCGCAGCCUCCUCGACUCCUUUAAAUUCUGCUCACUUGGCUGCAAGAUUGUUGGGACGUCGAAGAAUCUGCCCAGGAAAAACAAGCAGUGGUCGGAGAAGAGGAUUUCGGAUUCCGAUGACUCGUACAGCAGCGGCAGCCAGAAUAUUCCGAGCUUCACUCCGUCGACGCCGCCGCCAACCUCCGCCAAUUACCGGAAUGCGAAGCGGAGAAAGGGGAUUCCCCAUAGAGCCCCUAUGGGUGGGCUCACUAUAGAGAUAUAGGAUGAUGCUAUCUAUGCUCUUUUGCUUAAACGAGAAAAACCCUCGAAAUAUAAAUAAAAAUUUAGAGGAAAAAGAAAAGAAAAGGGGUGUUUAUCUGAUAAUCUAAUGCAAUUACUGAAAUAGCCUUUGCCUGCAUUGUACAUAGAAGCAGGUUGCAUAUGGGUAGUAUAGGCAAUGGAAAAACAAAUAGAAGGGUAGGAUUGGAAAAUAAGGAAAAACUGCAAGAGAUGCAUAUGUAUACUCUAGUUUUGUUUUGUUUUGGUUUCUUAGAGUGGUUUUCAAGUCUUCUUUGUUUUGUCCUUGUGUUUUCAACCUUCCUCUCUCAUCUUUGUUCUUGUGAAGUGAUUUCCGAAAUUGUAUAUAUGCAUAUAUAGAAUGAAAUAAUGUGGUUUUGGGCA